GUCAGAUCGUAUUGAAAUUUAAAAGCUGGGACAUUGUCAAAGAUCCGAUUCUUUGGGCUGAAAUGGUCGCGAUCCGUCCGAACUUACUGAGGGUGAGACAAGGCUUGAGGCUAAGUGCAGCCGCAAUAGAUGAUCAGACCUGAUGUGUAUCGGAUAGGUUGAUAAAAAAAAUCACAUCUCAUGUACGGAAUACAGUUGUACACGUAGCUACCGCACAUAAGCUACUGUAGGAAGUACUUAGUACUAGCCCGCUACUAGGUAGAUAUUUACUGUACACGUUGGUGAUAGUUAUAGGAAUGUACAUGUGCUUCGUAUUACCUGUGGGCUGUGGGGCCGUCUUUACUAUGUAUGCCAUACCCAUUGCACGACCAUGAAAUAGUUCCUCGUGUCUUCCUUCGAUCCGGAAUCAAGGCCCGCCAGAGACCCUGGGAAGGAAGGCGACUCAUUGCGCCUUCUUCAUUUGACGUCUUUGUGGGCGUCAAAAAGGCUGUGAGAGCUGUGAGGAAUGAGGAUACUACCCUCCUCAGAAGGCACACAAAGGAGAGGGACCGGCAUGAAGACCCAGUCCCAACGGAACGUCACCUCCACAAUCCACAAUCCACAGUCCACAAUCCACAGUCCACCAUGGCGCUUCGGUGCAUAGGCGCCAAGCACCAGGAAACUGCGGUGGUCCGCGAGCAGCGACAUGCGAAGUCAGGGAAGCAAACUCGGGCAGAAAGUCGGCCCAUUUGCAGGAAUCCCUUCGGUUUGGCGCACUGGCGGGUGCGCAGGUUGUGGAGACGUCACAGUGCAGUCCAGUUUGAGAGUGGACCAGUGACCCGAGAGGAAGGAACAGGCGGCAAAUGAAAUUUGACUGGCAGCAGAAGCACCGAGCAGCGGCCAGUUGGCCCCUUGCAAACGAGCCCACACUUGCUCGU